GAAACAUCGCCAGACCUUUGGGAGAAACAGAACAUCGCUCCACGCCCAUCCUACGACCGCCGGCGGCACCAUGGCCGCUACCCUACCGCAUUUGAGCAGUGCUUAUUCCGUCGAGCAGGCGGUCUUGGGAGAGCAAGCGAAGGUGGUGUGCUUACGCUUCGGCCAAGACUUCUCACCGGAAUGCAUGAAGAUGGACGAGGUGCUGGUCUCGGCGGCGCCCACGGUGGAGUCCGCCUGUGCCAUCUAUGCGGUGGAUAUCCGGGACGUGCCGGAGUCCGUGGCCGAGUUCCAACUCUCGGCACCCGCCCAGUUGAUCUUCUUCUUUCGCGGAAAGCCCCUGGACUUGGACUUGGGCCAAGGCCCCCAGAGGAAGGUGGACUUCGCCCUCUCCGGCCGCCAGGAGUUUCUGGACUUGGUGGAGGCGGUCUGCCGAGGUGCACAACAAGGGAUGCAUCUUAUCAUGGCGCCCAGAGACUAUUCCAUGCAGUUUAGAUACUGAAAGCGCCCUGACGCCAGCAAGCACAUGUGAAGCUUCAUGAGAACACCGAACAGCAUGGUGGAA